UGGAGGUCCGGCAGCUAUGAUGGCCCAUGCGGAGGGUUGCGGCGUUGAGUGACGCUCUGGUUCCCCAGCAUGGGCAGUGUAGGCAGCGGGGUGGCCGGUGAGCAGGAGUUUGCCAUGAAGAGCGUGGGCACACGCACCACCCUUCCUCGUGGCCCUCCCCUGUCCCGCCGCGGCCCCUCCGAGCGCCUCCACGCAGCUCCCUCCACCUCGGAGGGCUCGAGUGACAAACGAGGCGGGAGCAGCACCACCACGGAUCGAGGCCAGCUCACCAUCGCUGCAUCUCGUCCCAGCAGGGGGAGCAGGCUGGAGGGGAACGCCGCGGGCCGCCGGGACACCACCAGAGUGUCUCUGGAUGCUUGCGGUAACGUGGUGGGUCACGGCGCGGAGAAGAACCACGAGGUAAAGGGCAGAGACGGGAACAACGGCAAGAGAGACAGUCGCAUGCCACCCAAGAUCCUCACUGUAUCUGGGAAACUCGAGCAGAAUAAUUCUACUGUGGUCCGUCCGUCCGCCUUCAAACCCGUCGUGCCCAAGAGUUUUCACUCCAUGCAGAACCUGGUGGGUCAGUCCAGCGGGGGUCGAUCUGUUGGCUCCGACGCCCCGCAGUCCCUCUGUGAGCAGGACAGUCUGGAUCGGGACCCUUCGGCCGGAAACGACGGGCAGGGCGGCAUGUCCGACUCCGGGAGGAACUCUCUGACCAGCCUGCCCACCUACACGGGGCCCGGCGUGAGCUACGGUCCCGCUCAAGCGCUGGGGCCCCUCAGUGCCUCCACCAGCCACAUCAACAGACUGAGCAGCAAAGCGGCGCCGCUGGAGAAACCAGACAAACCCAGCUACCAGAACGGCCUGAGCGUGUCCGACAGCGGACAGUCCUCCUCCGGGAAGAGCUGCUUGUCCUAUCAGAGACUCGCCACCAUCCAGCCAUCGCCCUCCACCGACGACAUCAUCCAGGACCUGGAGGACCGACUCUGGGAGAAAGAGCAGGAGGUGAUCCACAUGCGGCGUAACCUGGACCAGAGCGAGGCGGCGAUCGCGCAGGUGUUCGAGGAGAAGCAGCGCGUCUGGGAGCGAGACAUGGAGGAGCUGAGGCAGAACUACGCCAGGCGUCUGCAGCAGGUGACCCACCGAGCCCAGCGCACACAGCAGGCCCUGCAGACCCACAUCGCCCGUCUGCAGCAGGACAAGGGCCGGCUCCAGGAGGAGAUCAGCGCUCUGCUCGCACAGAGAGAGGAGCUGGAGCACAAGUGUCUGGAUUACCGCAAGGAGCAGGCGGAUAUACUGCCUCGCCUGGAGGAGACCAAGUGGGAGCUGUGUCAGAAAGCGGGCGAGAUCUCUCUGCUGAAGCAGCAGCUGCGGGAGAGUCAGAACGAGGUUACGCAGCGCGCCGGAGAGAUGGUGGCCCUCAGGGGCCAGCUGAAGGAGCUCAAGGGCCAGAUGAAGGAGCGCGAGGAGACAAUGAUCGGCCUGAAGGACUCGUACACCAACAAGAGCCGCGAGCUGGAAAGAUGUGAAGGAGAACUGAAGAGAACGCUGACAGAGGUGUCGAUGUUGCGUGACAAGCUGGUGGUGUUCGAGGCCGAGCUUCUGGGUCUCAAGCGGGCUCUGAGCGAGCUGAGCUGCAGGAGCGAUCACGCCGUGUGUCUGAGGGACAUCAGCGGCAUCAGCGGCAGCUUACCGUGGGCCGGCUUGCACUCGCCCCGAACGCCCGAAACCCUGCCCAUCGACAGCUUCCUCAGCCUGCAGAGCGACGAGGCCAAAGCGCAGCGGCAGGAGGCCGGAGAGCUGCGGCGGCAGCUGGAGAGACUGCAGGGCGAGCUGCACCUGGAGCGGCAGCAGAGAGAGAGGCAGGUGCUCACCUUCGCUCAGGAGCGACACACCUGGCAGGACGAGAAAGAGCGCGUGCUGAAGUACCAGGCGCAGCUGCAGCUCAGCUACGUGGAGACGCUGCAGAGGAACCAGGCGCUGGAGGAACGGGUCGGCCAGCUCGGAGCCAAACUGGGCACCUCGCCUGGAUCACCCGGAUCGCCCGUCAGCCUCUCCAUCCCCGUCCCUGUGACCAUCACUCUGUCCCCAGCCGCGGACGAUCCCAAACAUCAGCUGGCGCCUCCGUGGCCGGGACCGUCUCGCUUGGAGCGGAUCGAGUCCACCGAGAUUUAGACGCGAGACAAUCGACUUGAGACUAAAGCCCCGUUCACACCAAAAACGAUAACUAU